AUGCCUCUUAUUGAAGUCCGCACCAAUGUGAAGAAGGAGAAGAUACCCGCUGGAUUUCUGAAGCGCCUUUCACAAAAAGGCUCUGAACUCUCAUUGAAGCCGGAAUCUGUAAGUCAGACACAUCAUAAGCCCCUUCACAACACACGAUUCGAAUUCUUUAUUCAAAUGUUUUACUUAAACGGCUUCUUUAGCUGAUUUUGGCCCAAAUCAACCCCGAUCAAAUCAUGAGUUUUGCCGGAACUGAAGAGCCCUGUGCCACCGUAACCUUCCGAUGCAUUGGCAAUAUCAAGGACCCCAAACAAAUCCAUGUCAUCGCCGCGGAAAUUAACAAAUUUAUUAGCACGGAACUGGGAAUUAAGCCGGAAAGGUAUAGUUGAUUUUAAAAGUUUUUUAUUAAAAACCCUGAUAACCUUGCAUGAUGCUUUUCACAAGGAAAGUACUUCUAUGGGGUGUGGAGUUACAGGUCGAGAUAUAUAUCAAAAAAUUCGCAAAAAUUUUCUGAUUCAGAAUAUAUAAAAAUUAGCUGCCUAAUUUUGGUUUAUCAACGAGUUUUAUCAAUAAAUGUAUUUCUCGAGGAAAAAAAUCUGCGGCAACAAAAGCGCGCUCGGUCUCUUCCUUCGGAAGAGAGCGGUGUGGCCGAGUGGCUAGAGCGCUAGAUUGGGAAUCCGAGGGGAGAGGGUUCGAUUCUUUUUGCCAUACUAGAACCCAUUUUUUACAUUGGAACUACUUUUAAGGUGUAGUUGUAAUCCAAUUUGAUAUUUUAAGGCUUGUCAAGGCCUCAGAAUUUAUUUUAGCACAAAACAAAUUUUUUUUAUUGGUAAAAACACGGUCAAAAAGACACUUGCGUGGUAUCGAGAGAAAACUUCUGAGGACAAAAACAUGUCAUCAGACCAAAAUUAGGCAGCUAAUUUUUAUAUAUUCUGAAUCAGAAAAUUUUUGCGAAUUUUUUGAUAUAUAUCUCGACCUGUAACUCCACACCCCAUAGAAGUACUUUCCUUGUCAGAUUCUACACGCUCUACCACGACUUGGCCGAAGACGACGUGGCCUACACUGGGCUCGUUUUCACGGAACUCAAGAAGAAACUUGGCCUCUAA